AUGCCCUCCACCAACUCCACACCCGUCCAGUCCGUCGCCACUGCGACUUCGGCUUCAGGUCCUAUCAUCCCUGGUGCUGCAUUGAUUCCUGAAGGUUCAGCUCCUGUGGUUACAAGAGAGCGUCAAGGAUCUGUGAGUGGUUUCAAGAAGGCCAAGGUCCUCAAGCCCUUCAACACCGCCAACAUCAAGAUCCUGUUGCUCGAGAACGUCAACGAGACCGCUGUCGCAGCCCUCCGCGAUCAGGGCUACCAGGUCGAGACAUUCGCAAAGGCCUUGGGCGAGGAAGACCUGAUCGCCAAGAUCAAGGAUGUGCACUGCAUCGGAAUCCGCUCCAAGACAAAGUUGACCAAGAAGGUCCUCGAUGCCGCCGAGAAGUUGGGAGUCAUUGGAUGUUUCUGUAUCGGCACUAACCAGGUUGAUCUUGAGUACGCCGCCUCCAAGGGUAUCGCCGUCUUCAACUCGCCCUUCUCCAACUCACGCUCGGUUGCUGAGCUCGUCAUUGCUGAGAUUGUCCUCUUGUCCAGACAGUUGGGUGAUCGCAACAAUGAGAUGCACGACGGUAUUUGGUCCAAGGUCUCGGCUAACUGCUACGAGAUCCGUGGCAAGACUAUCGGAAUUGUCGGAUACGGCCAUAUCGGUUCGCAGCUGUCGGUUCUCGCAGAGUCGAUGGGUAUGCGUGUUCUCUUCUACGACGUUGUCCCCCUGAUGCCCCUGGGCACUUCUAAGCAAGUCCACACCCUCUCAGGCCUCCUCACCGAAGCCGACUUUGUCACCCUCCACGUCCCCGAGACCGAGGAGACCAAGAACAUGAUUGGUGAGAACGAGCUCAACCAGAUGAAGCAGGGCUCAUUCCUCAUCAACGCCUCCCGCGGCACCAUUGUCCAGAUCCCCGCCCUUGCCAAGGCGCUUCGCUCGGGCCACCUCGGCGGUGCUGCUGUCGAUGUCUUCCCCAAGGAGCCUGCUGCCAACGGCAACUUCUUCGAGUCUGAGCUCGUCGGCUGCCCCAACACCCUUCUCACCCCCCACAUCGGAGGCUCGACCGAAGAGGCCCAGUCGAUGAUCGGUGUCGAGGUCUCGCAGGCCCUGAUCAAGUUUAUCAACAGCGGCACCUCCAUCGGCGCCGUCAACUUCCCCGAGGUCGACCUCCGCGCCAUCCGCGACGACCAGGAGAACUCGAUCCGUCUCUGCUACACCCACGCCAACGUUCCCGGAGUCCUCCUCAGGAUCACCAACAUCCUUGCCGAGCAUAACGUCGACAAGCAGUUCUCGGACUCCAAGGGCAAGAUUGCUUACCUCAUGGCCGAUAUCUCGGACGUUACGCCCGAGCAGAUCCAGGACAUUUACAGACUUGUCAGCGAGACCCCCACCAACAUCGUUACCCGCGUCCUCUACUAA